AUGGGUGAUACGAAUGGAAAAGUGGUAGCUGGCGGCAAUGGUCAAGGAAAGCGAUUGAAUCAAUUGAAUCUUCCAACCGAUGUGCUAAUCGAUAAAGAGACCGAUAGUCUCGUUAUCUGCGAUCUAGGAAACCGACGAGUCGUACGAUGGUCUCGUUGUAGUGGCACAACUCAAGGAGAAAUCCUUAUCGACAACAUCGAUCAUUUGGGAUUGGCCAUCGAUGAUCAGAGAUAUCUCUACAUCUCUGACCACAGGAAACAUGAAGUAAGACGAUAUCAAGUAGGACACAAGAAUGGAAGUCUCGUGGCUGGUGGUAAUGACAAAGGUGAUGGUCUCAAUCAACUCAACGAGCCGAAAUACCUCUUUGUCGAUCAACAGCAGGCUAUCUACGUGUCAGACAAAAAGAAUCAUCGUGUGAUGAAAUGGAAUAUAGGUGCAACAGAAGGAACUGUCGUCGCUGGAUGUCAAGGCCAAGGGAAUGCUCUGGCACAAUUGUCGCGUCCUAAUGGACUGUUCGUCGAUACGUUGGGUACCAUCUAUGUGGCAGACUCAGAUAAUCAUCGUGUGAUUCGUUGGCCUAUAGGAGCGACACAAAGCACUGUCAUUGUCGGUGGAAAUGGCAGAGGAGCAGGAGCAAAUCAGUUCAAAUAUCCCUGGGGUUUGUCCUUCGAUCGACAAGGCAAUCUCUAUGUCGUCGAUCAUUACAAUUCUCGUGUUCAACGCUUUUCUAUUGAAUGA